AAAAAUUCAAAACAAAAAGCAACCAUGCCGGACGAUAUGCGAGGCCUGCACAACUUUAUCGCCGAGAUUCGUGCGACAAAGUCCAAGGAGGCCGAGGAGAAGCGCAUCAACAAGGAGCUCGCCAACAUUCGCUCAAAGUUCAAGGGCGACAAGCCUCUGGACGGCUAUCAGAAGAAAAAGUACGUGUGCAAGCUGCUCUUCAUGUUCCUUCUGGGCGAGGACAUUGAUUUCGGACACAUGGAGGCCAUCAGCCUUGUCGCGUCCAACAAGUACUCUGAGAAGCAGAUUGGAUACCUCUUCCUCUCAGUCAUGAUCAACGAAACGUCCGACUUUAACCGCUUGAUCAUCCAGCAAAUCAAGAACGACUUGCUUGAUCGCAACGAGACCCACGUCUGCCUGGCACUCACCUGCAUUGCCAACGUUGGUGGCCGCGAGAUGGCCGAGUCGCUGGCGGGCGACGUGCAAAAGCUGCUCGUCUCACCCGACUCGCGGAGCUUUGUCAAAAAGAAGGCGGCGCUCACGCUGCUGCGCCUGUACCGCAAGUUCCCUGAAAUCCUGCCUGUCGGAGAAUACACGCCUCGCAUUAUUGCGUUGCUGGAUGACCCCGAUCUGUCGGUGGUCACGUCGGUGCUUGCCCUGCUGUAUGCCCUCGUUCAGGCCGACACCCAGGGCUAUGGAUCGUGCGUGGACCGUGCCAUUGCACGUCUGCGCCGCCUGCAGACCCGCGAAGAGUCGCUGGAAGGCUACGUUUACUAUGACAUUGCCGCGCCGUGGCUGCAGGUCAAGCUGCUGCGCUUUUUGCAAGUCUUCCCCGCACCCGCGCCCGACUCGCGCGCCCGCGAAGCUGUGGUGGAGGUCUUGCGCUCCAUUGUCGGCAAGGCUGCCAACGAGCCGGUGCGCGACAAGCGCAACAAGCAGCAGCUGCCGCAAUACUUUAACGCACGCAACGCCGUCCUGUACGAGGCUGUGCGCGUGUUGAUCCACCUCGAGUCCGAAACCGAUCUGCUCGUCGAGAGCUCCAACUUGCUCGGACGCUUCCUGUCCUCCAAGGAGACCAACUUGCGCUACUUUGCCCUCGAGCUCAUGUCGUCGCUUGCCACGCUCUCGUUCACCCACGAGGCCAUCAAGCGGCACCAAGAGACGGUCGUCAACGCGCUCACGCAAGAGAAGGACAUUUCUGUGCGUCGCCGCGCCCUCGACCUCCUGUACAACCUCUGCGGCAAGAGCAACGUCCGCGUUAUUGUGCGCGAGCUCCUGCAGUACCUCCAAGUGGCCGACUAUGAAAUUCGCGAGGAGAUGGUGCUCAAGAUUGCCGUCCUGGCCGAAUUGCACGCCGACGACUACUCGUGGUAUGUCGAUGUGAUUUUGCAGCUCAUCCGCGUCGCCGGCGACUAUGUCAGCGAGGAGGUUUGGCAUCGUGUGGUGCAAAUCGUCACAAACCAGCCCGACGUCCAAGACUAUGCCACCAAGGUUGUUUUCGACGCACUGUGCUCGCCAUACUGCCACGAGACGAUGGUCAAGGUUGGCGGCUAUCUGCUCGGCGAGUUUGGCCACCUCAUCGCCAACAACCCGCGCGCCACCCCGCAAAUCCAGCUCCAGUUGCUGCUGAGCAAGUUUUCCAUGUGCUCGCCUUCCACGCGCGCGCUCCUGCUGUCCACGCUGGUCAAGUUUGCCAAUCUCUUCCCGGAAAUCAAGACGGACAUUGAGACCAUCUUCCGGUCCAACAACCUGUCGCGCAACACGGAUCCCGAAAUCCAACAGCGUGUUAUCGAGUAUCUUUCGCUCUCGCAGCAUCCCAACCCGAACGUGAUGCCCACUGUCCUUGAGGAGAUGCCCAAGUUCAAGGAGCGCGAGUCCUCGCUGCUCGCCAAGAUUCGCGAAAAGUCCGAAGGUGUCAGCGUCGAUGCAGAGGCGGCCAAAGUCGCCCGUCAGACGGUCAUUGUCGACCGCGACCGCCAAGAGCGUGAGGACCGCGAAGAACGUGAGGCGCGUCGCUCCAACCCUGCCGUGUCUCAGCAACCCCAGGCCAACCUUCUCGGCGACCUGGAUGCGGCGCCAGCCUCUACUGGUCCUUCGGCUGUGAACACCACCUCCCAGCCUCCCCAAGCAAAUCCCGAGCUGGCCCACCUUUCGCGCGCCUUCCUGUUCCAAAACGAUGGCAAGCUGUAUGAGGAUGCCAUUCUGCAGAUUGGUGUCAAGACAAGCGUCAAGAACAAUCUAGCUCGUGUCGCCUUGUACUUUGGCAACAAGUCGGGCUACCCAAUCACCAACUUUACCAGCGACGUGUUUGCCAUCAACACAACAGAGACCCUUUCGCUCCAGGCAAAGCCUGUUGAGGGCCAGCUGGCGCCGAAGGCGCAGACGCAGCAGCUCAUCAACGUGGAGUGUCUGAAGGAGUUUGAAGAGCAGCCCACGCUUGGCGUUGCCUACGUCGUCAAUGGCCAGCUCCAGCGGGCGGUCAUCAAGUUCCCCAUCUUUGUGAACAAGUUCCUCGCGAGCUUUGACAUGGACCAGCCCACCUUUGUUGCUCGGUGGAAGCAGCUCUCUGCGCCGGGUCUCGAGUCGCAAAAGGUCUUCAAGGCCGCUCAGCCUAUUGAUGUGGCUGCAGUGCGCUCCAAGCUGCAAAGCAUGGGCUUCACCGUCCUGGCUGGCGUCGACCCCAACCCGGACAACUUUGUUUGCGCCGGCGUGGUGCACACUGGCUCGAGCCAAGUUGGUGUUUUGCUGCGAUUGGAGCCAAACCGCGAUGCCCAGAUGUAUCGCGCGACGUUCCGCACCUCUCGCGACACUGUCUCGCGCAUUCUUUGCGAUUUGGUGGCCAGCUCGUUCUAAUUGCUUCAAGACUGGACUGUUUUUGCAUUUCGUUGUCGAGAAAUUUCCAAGAUUUGAUUUUUGUGCUUCUUAGCACUGUGUGUGUCUUGAGGUGUGUGUCUGGGCUGCUUUUGGUUUUUGUUUGCUUUGUUGAUGUACAUGAUUGUGAUUAUGUUUGUGUCCGCGCCAACUAGUACAUGGAUGUUUGUUUCCAA